AUGUGGUGGCACAGUCGCUACGGAGUGCCCAAAACAUGGGUCAGUGACAACGCUACGCAUUUCAAGAACCAGGUGUUGGCUCUACUUAGCAAGUUCAUGAAGGCGAAGCAGGAGUUCGUCGUGGCAUACAGCCCGUGGUUGAACGGCUCUGUAGAGCGCGUGAACCGCGAUGUUUUGCAGGUUCAUCUAAUCCCGCUCGUCCAAGCUAAACUCAAUCAGUCACCGGUGCCGUCGCUGGCAGGAAGAGCUCCUAUUGAAGUCUUCACGGGGCUGCCAUGCCCAAGUCCGAUAUCGACCAUUUUCGUCCCUGACCAACGUGAACGGCGGACGUUGUUGAACAAGAAACGUGCCGAAGGCUAUCAGAUGGUGAACUUUUCUAUCGGAGACUAUGUGCUGAGAUCUCGCGUAGAUGAAAAGAACCAGAACAAACUCCUCGUGACGUGGGUCGGCCCUUACGUCGUGACGAAGUGCAACGCCCAUUCGUUCACAGUCAAGCAUCUCGUCACCGGGAGGGAGAGCAACGUGCAUGCCUCCCGGUUGAAGUUCUUCGCCGAGUGCGAUCUGGAGGUGACUGAAGAGCUGCGUGAGCAUAUCGCAGCCCAAGGCAUCGUGCUAAAGGUGGAGGCUAUUCACCAGCACCGUUGGAAUGAAGACAUGCACGACUAUCAGCUGGCCAUCAGCUGGGAAGGUCUUGAGGCUAUUGAGGACUCCUGGGAGCCUUUGAAGGUCAUGCAUCAAGACGUAAAGGUGUUAGUUGACGCCUACGUCGAUAGAGCAAAGGAUGAAAAGCUCACGACGUACUACAAUUUGCUGAAAGCGUGA